AUGCAGGUGUUUUUCGCAAAGUGCGCACCGUCCGCGUCGCCGGAGGCUGUCGCGCAAGUGUUUGGCACGUUUGGGGCGGUCGAGGAGAUCAACCUUUUCAGAUCAUGGCCGAGUGCUAAGGCGAGCCGCGGCUGCGGACUCGUGGUGAUGGCGACGCCCGAGGGCGCGGCCGCGGCGAUCCGGGGGCUGCACCGCAACUUCAAAUGGGACGGCGUCGCCGGCCCCAUGGUCGCGGAGCGCUGCUGCGCCAGCCGCCUGGGCCUGAAGGCGGCCGCCGCCCAGCAGGGCGCCGCGCGCGCGCGUGGCACGGGCGCCACAGGCGGUGCGGGCGGCGCGGGGGGCACAGGCGGCGCGCGGCGCGUGGCGCUUGGCGGGGGCGGCGGCGCUUGGGCAUCCCGUGCAGUCGCAGCGGCGGCGGCGCCGCCGCUGGGCGGAGCGGCCGCGGCGGCGGCGCAUGGAACGGGCGGAGUGCUGGAGAGCGGGCCGCUGCUCGCAACGCCCGGGAGCGGCCCGCUGUGCGCGCUGCCUGUUCCCAGCUUCCAGCUGCAGUGGGCGGAGCAGGAGGCGCCGGCCCACCAGCCGGGCGAGCAGCCGGCGCGGCAGCGCCCGCUGCUCUGCAUGCCACUCUCGCUCCAAUCGCCGGAGCAGGUGCAGCUGGUGCUCAUCCACGCCGCGUCGCUUAGUGCGCUUUCGGGCGCCGCGAUCUGGCUCAAGCCGGCGCCUGGGGGCGCGCCCGGCUCAGGACUUGCGCUGUCCGGCUCCCCUGCGCAGUUGCAGGCGGCGGCGGGCCUCAUCAGCCGCCUGCUGAGCGCUACAGGCGAUGGAGUCAGCAGCGGCAGCGAUUCCGCUUGGGCCUAA